GUAUGUCAUCCGUGGUGGGAGUUGUACUUAGCAAUCGUGACCAUCGUGACGUGUUCGGAAUGUAAAGCCAUUAGUUCAAACGCAGUACGAUAUACAAGUUUGUGGGCUCUAGUUAUAUAUUGAAUAGCAGGUAGCAUAAACGAAAUGUAUUUUUUCGACUCUAUUCCUACUCAUAUGGAUUAUGAUGGCCAGAGGAGGGCAGAAAAAUUGUCUCGGAUUAUCAUAACACUGUUUGGCGUUGUUGGACUUGUGUGGGGCUACAUCAUACAGCAGUUCUCACAAACAGUGUACAUUCUUGGAGCUGGAUUUGUUCUUGCAGCAAUUGUAACAGUCCCACCAUGGCCCAUGUACAGGAGGAAACCUCUUCAGUGGCAGAAACCGCGGCCAGAAAACGAGCCAUCUGAGCAACCAUCAAAAUCAAAGAAGAAGAAAUAGCUGUUCAUGGUGUCAUAUGUUCAUGUUAUGUUAACAUUCCUGUGUAUUUGAGGGUUCAGUUCAGUAUUGCAAUAAACUGUACAGGUUUGAUUUCAGUUU